AUGGAAUCCGUGCGCACACCACAAGCCAUACUUUCUGGCAAAAUGCUUGACGGAUUCGUGACUAUGUUUUUGAAAGACCAGGAUUUUGGACACAUCGACCGACUCUUCAUAAUACGUAAUAUGAAGGACCUUGGUUCACAGUGGACCAUUGUUGAUUACGACAAGAAUGUUCAUAAUGUUACGUACAACAUGAAUAUUCACACUCCAAUGAUCACCCAAGGCUGGAAUGAUUUAAUAUCUUUUUAUGCAGAUGAGUCUGACAAAUUGGUUGUCUUCAAAUAUUUUGGAAAUUCGUCUUUCCAACUACACGUCUCUAAACGUGUUUGCGACUCAACAUUGAAAGCCAACUUCUUCAACCAUCUUUCUAUUCGCCGUCCUCUACAUACUUCAAACUUAAAGCAUUUUGAAGUUCAACUAUUGUCGAGCCAGCCACAUGAUAUUUUGGGAUUACUGGUCGGACUGGGGACUGAAAGAGAAUUGCAAGUUGAUGGAAAGACAACAAAAUUAAAUGUCAUAGCAAUAGAAGCUGAUGGGUUUCGAAUAGAGUGUACUUUGUUUGGUAUUUAUGUGGAUGAACUGAAUGUAUUUCUUUCAAGUGGAGAAGUACAAAAUGCUGCUGUAAAUAAGGUUCAAGUUCAAAAUUGUAAGUUCUGCACCCGUAUUAAGUACAAUGUUAACUUCAAGGAAGCAUCUGAACUGAAAUCAAGAAUGUUUGAGAACAAUGAAUCUCCCUCUCAAGGAUUAACGCAACUUUCUCAGACUUCCAAAAAUACUGUCGAAGAGGACUUUUUAACACUUACACCUAGGACCACCAUUCAAGGUCUAAAAGAUUGUAAAGAGGUCACCACUUACAUAUUGUUUGGAACAAUUAAGCAUAUCUUGGUUGACGAUGACUGGUGGUAUACUGCUUGUGUGUGCAACAAAGCUAUUUAUCCAGAUUCCAAGAUGUUCUUUUGUGAGAAGUGUAACAAGCAUGUUAUAAAAGGCUUUCCAAGAUAUAGGAUUAAGAUCCGAGUUAUUGACUCUUCCGAUUCAACCACAUUUGUCCUCUUUGAUAGGGAUGCAACUACCCUUUUCAAAAAAACUUGUGCUGAUAUGUUAGACACUCAUGAUAAGAUGAAUUCUUCUGGAAAUUUGCCUAAGCAGUUUGAUGAGUUAGUUGAUAGAAGUCUGCUGUUUAAAGUGGAAAGUAGGAACGAUAAGAAUUUCAAACUUGAGCAAUCUUUCAGAGUGAAGAAAAUAUGUGUUGAUGAUGAUAUAAUUGAGAAAUUCAAUGAUUCUUCGUUGAAAUCUGUGGAUGUUUAUGCUGGGAAUGGUGAGUUUAGCAGGGGAAAAAUGCGUAUAGUCAAUGAGUCCACCGUUAAUAUUUCAGAGGAUUUAUUAGUCCGAUUUACCAAAGAAACAAUUGAGUGUGGAUCCCAAUCACCUGAACUAAUCCAAGAUAAUCCAACCAACGAUGAUGUUAACAGUUCACAUAAGAGAGAAUCUAGAAAGAAGACUGCAUCACUUGAAUCCAUCGAAGACGACAAUGUUCCAUUGAAGCUUUUAAAAAGAAAUAUUAAGAAGAAAAAAUCAGUGAUUUGA